AACUUUUUUCACGUUGUUGAUUGUUGAUUAUUUGAUUUGAAAUAAAAAAGUUGUUCAAUUAAUAUACCUAUUAUCUUAGUACUUAAAAUAUUAUAAAGUUACAAUGGAAGAAGAUAAUUCAGGAAAGAAAAAAAGUCAUAGAGAACGCCAUUCAGGCAGGAAAGUUGAGAAGAAAAAAGCUAAAAAAGCGAGUGAAAAUGUUGUAUCGAAUGAAGAUCCAAAAUUGAAAAACCCUAAAGCUUUUGCUUUUAAUUCAGCAGUAAGAGCCGAACGUAGAUUUAGACGGAAAGAAGAUCUAAACACUAAGAAACAGCAUAUUCCACUUAUUGAUAGGACUCCUAUAGAACCGCCGCCUGUAGUGGUUGCUGUAGUAGGUCCUCCAAAAGUUGGAAAGAGCACUGUUAUUAAUAAUUUAAUAAAACUUUUUACAAAGGUGCCAUUAACAGACGUUAAAGGUCCUGUUACUGUUGUUACUGGUAAAAAGAAAAGAAUUACAUUUUUUGAGUGUAAUAAUGAUGUUAAUUCGAUGAUUGAUUUAGCAAAAGUAGCAGAUUUAGUGCUUUUACUUUGUGAUGCUAGUUUUGGUUUUGAAAUGGAAAUUUUCGAGUUCCUAAACAUAUGUCAGGUACAUGGUAUGCCUAGAAUAAUGGGAGUAUUGACACAUUUAGACUUGAUUAAAAAUAGUAAGACUCUAAAGACAACUAAAAAAACUUUAAAACACAGAUUUUGGACUGAGGUGUAUUCAGGAGCAAAAUUGUUCUACUUAUCAGGUAUUAUCCAUGAUGAAUAUUUAAGGAACGAAAUCAAGAAUUUGGGUAGAUUCAUAAGUGUUAUGAAGUUUAGGCCACUACAAUGGAGGACCACUCAUAGCUAUAUAUUAGGUGACCGGUAUGAGGAUCUUACCAAUCAAGAAUUAAUCAGAGUAAAUCCUAAAUGUGAUCGAAAUGUGGCCUUAUAUGGAUACAUUAGAGGUGUCCCUUUAAAAAAAGAUAGUUAUGUACAUAUAGCAGGUUUUGGUGAUUUAAAAAUCCAUGAUCUAUCAUACUUACCUGAUCCAUGCCCACUUCCUGAGCAAUUGAAGAAAAGAGCUCUUAUAGAAAAAGAAAAACUUAUCUAUGCUCCAUUUUCUGGGGUGGGAGGUAUUGUGUAUGAUAAGGAUGCAGUUUAUAUGGAGCUAGGUGGUUCCCACAGUCAUCAUGAAAGGGAGGGUGAGACUGAAAAUAUAGUAUCAAAUUUAAUAAGUACAAAAGAAACUUUGGAUGAAAAAUUGAAACAUUCUGAGCUUCAGAUUUUUACUGAUGGUAAAAAGAUUACAGCAAAUGAUAUAUUAAGCAGUGACGAAGAUAAUACUGAAGAUAUUCAAUUAUUUGAAAAAAGAGAGAAAAAAUUGGAAAACUCAGAACUAGAUAAUGAAUUAAACAAACUGAGAAAAAAAUAUGUAGAAGUUAAAGACAAUGGUAGGGUUAGAAGAAAAGUAGUUUUUGAUGAUAUAAAUGAUGAAGAAGAUACAGAUGAUGAUGACGAAGACACUGAUAGUGAUGAAGAUAAAAAUCUUGAAAAGCAUGAAGAAUAUGUAAUGUCUCUACAGAAUAAAAACAAUGAAGUACAUUCUAAAGUUAAAGAUAUUUUGAAUAGCAUAGACUCUAAUCAAAAGAAGAGACAGAGAGAAGUUAUUGAGGAAGAAGAGAUGGAAGAUACUAGUGAUGAGGAAAAUGAUACUGGUCUAGAAUGGAAGGGAAAUUUAAUGCAAAAAGCAAAAGAAUCGUUUAUGGAUAGGCAAAGCACUAAUAAAAAUUUAAUGAGACUUGUUUAUGAUUUUCAGGAAGAAUCAAAUGAAAAAGAAGAUGAAACCAAAGAAAUGGAACAAGAUGAGAUUGGUGGUUUAUUUAAGAAAGUUACAAAAGAACAGCAUCAGCUUAAACAGAAUAAAGAUGUUAUGAAUUUGCCAGAAUCAUCAUUAAUGCUGCCUUGGAAUGCUAUUAUGAAAGAUUGGACAUUACCAGAGAAUAAAGAUCUCAUAAUCAACUGCUUUGUCACUGGUAAAUGGAAAGACAGUGAAGAUGCUGGUGAGCUUCUUAAACUAGACGAUGCAGAAGACUUAAGUGACGCAAAUUCAGAAAUAUUUGGCGACUUUGAAGACCUAGAAACGGGCGAAAAACACUCCUCCCAAUCCAAAACGAAGCCAGAAAAACGCAAAAGAGAGGAAGCUGAAAAAGAUGAAAACGCAGAUGCCGUCGCUUUAGCUGAAAAAAAGAAGAAACUCAAAGAAAGGUUUGAUGCUGAGUAUGAUAAUGAGGAAACAUUGACAUAUUAUGAUGAGUUAAAAUUAUCUGCAGAAAAACAGGCUCAGUUAAAUAAGACCGUGUUUGAUGAUGUUCCGGAUGAAAUUCGAGUUCAGAUUGAGGGCUACAGACCUGGAAUGUAUAUAAGGGUAGAGUUUCAAAAUGUUCCUUCUGAAUUUAUACAGAAUUUUGAUCCUACAUAUCCUUUAGUUAUUGGCGCUUUAAACAUGGGCGAAGAAAAUGUAGGUUAUUUAAAUGUAAAAAUCAAAAAACACCGUUGGUACAACAAAAUCCUUAAAACCAACGAUCCUCUAAUAAUUUCUUUAGGUUGGAGGAGAUUCCAAACAAUACCUCUUUAUUCGAAGUUAGAAGAUGAUAUGAAGUUUCGUUAUCUUAAAUAUACACCUCAACAUUUGGCAUGCAAUGCUCAUUUUUGGGGCCCUAUUACGCCACAAGGAACCGGAUUUUUAGCUUUACAAACCGUAGAUUCCGAAAGCAGUAAUAUCAAAAAACUUGGAUUUAGAAUAGCAGCAACUGGAUCAGUAUUAGAAUUAGAUAAAAAUACUAAGGUAUUGAAAAAAUUAAAACUCAUCGGACAUCCUAUGAAAAUAUACAAAAAGACAGCUUUUAUCAAAGAUAUGUUCAAUAGUUCAUUAGAAGUGGCAAAAUUCGAAGGUGCUCGAAUCAAAACCGUUUCUGGUAUAAGAGGCCAAAUAAAAAAAGCUAUUAAUAAACCCGAGGGUUGUUUUAGAGCUACUUUUGAGGAUAAAAUUCAAUUAAGUGAUAUAGUUUUCUGUAGAACGUGGUUUAAAGUUGACGUCCCUAAAUUUUAUAAUCCUGUAAAUACACUUUUGCUUCCGAAUGACAAGAGAAACGUUUGGACAGGAGCAAGAACAACUGGCGAAAUAAAAAGGGAAAUUGGUGUUAGGAAUGCUGCAAAUAUGGAUAGUCUUUAUACCCCGAUCGAAAGAGAAGAAAAGCCAUUUAAACCAUUGAUAAUACCGCGAAAACUGCAAAAGAACUUACCAUACAGAGAUAAACCUAAACAAGGCAUUAAACGUUCUGAACAAAACAAAAUUGAUAGAAUCGCCAUUAUUGCCGAACCUGAAGAACAAAAGAUAUCAACCAUGAUGAAAAUGUUAAGGGCGUCAUAUGAUAAGAAACAGGACAAACUUAAACAAGAAACGAAUGCAAGAUUGGAUAAAUUUAGACAAGAAAUUGAAGGUAUAGAAGCCAAUAAAUACAAAAAGUUGAAAGAAAUAAAGAAAAAUGUUCACAGAAUGAGGAGUAAACAAGCUAAAAGUAAAGGGGGAAGGAAAUAAUUUGUUUUUUUGAUAUUAAUGUAAAUAAAUGUUUUUUUUU